GCUCCCGCCGUUUGCUUCCGGGUCGCGGCGCGGGGCCGCCCGUAACCUCCGCGGCGGUGCCAGCAGAAGCGAGCCGGGAGGUCUCAGCCUCAGCAGCAUGUCCCUGUUCCGAUCGGGCCUCCUGGUGCUGACAACGCCGCUGGCCUCCCUGGCCCCGCGCCUGGCCCCUAUCCUGACCUCGGCGGCCCGGCUGGUGAAUCACACGCUCUAUGUCCACCUGCAGCCGGGCAUGAGCCUGGAGGGCCCGGCGCAGCCGCAGUCCAGCCCCGUGCAGGCCACGUUUGAGAUUCUCGACUUCAUCUCGCACUUCUAUGCCGGCGCCGACGUCCACCGGCACCUGGACGUCAGAAUCCUGCUGACCAACAUCCAACCCAAGAGCACCUUCCACCCUGCCCUGCCCGAUUCCGUCCAGAACCUCGCCCACCCGCCGGAAGUGGUGCUCACUGACUUCCAGACCCUGGACGGAAGCCAGUACAACCCAGUGAAGCAACAGCUAGAGCGUUAUGCCACCAGCUGCUACAGUUGUUGCCCACAGUUGGCCUCGGUGCUCCUGUAUCCCGACUAUGAGCACUUGGAGCUGCCCGUGGCCACUCCCGAGGGCCUCUUGCCCUCCACCAUUAGACCAGCCUCUCCAGUAGCCAGGUCUCCAAAGCAGCCGGUGCGUGGCUACCAGCGUGGGGCUGUGGGUGGCACUUUUGACCGCCUGCACAAUGCACACAAGGUGUUGCUCAGUGUCGCCUGUAUCCUGGCCCAGGAGCAGCUUGUGGUGGGAGUAGCCGACAAAGACCUUUUGAAGAGCAAGUUGCUCCCUGAGCUGCUCCAGCCCUACGCAGAGCGCGUGGAACAUCUGAGUGAGUUCCUGGUGGACAUCAAGCCCUCCUUGAAUUUUGAUAUCAUGCCCCUGCUGGACCCCUAUGGGCCCGCUGGCUCUGACCCCUCCCUGGAGUUCCUGGUGGUCAGCGAGGAGACCCACCGUGGGGGGAUGGCCGUCAACCGCUUCCGCCUUGAGAAUGGCCUGGAGGAGCUUUCGUUGUACCAGAUCAAGCUGCUGAAGGACCAGAACCACCAGGAGAACGAAGAGGACAAAGUCAGCUCCUCCAGCUUUCGCCAGCGAAUUUUGGGGGAGCUGCUACGGCCUCCAUAUAAGAGGCCGGAGCUCCCCGCAUCUCUGUAUGUGAUCGGGCUGACUGGCAUAAGUGGUUCCGGAAAGAGCUCUGUAGCUCAGCGGCUGAAGGACCUGGGGGCGUUUAUCAUCGACAGUGAUCAGCUGGGCCAUCAGGCCUACACCCCAGGCGGCCCUGCCUACCAGGCCGUUGUGGAAGCCUUUGGGACAGAGAUUCUCCAUAAAGAUGGCGUUAUCAACAGGAAGGUCCUGGGCAGCCGCGUGUUUGGGAACAAGAAGCAGAUGAAGAUCCUCAGAGACAUUAUGUGGCCGGUUAUUGCACAGCUGACUCGGGAGAAGAUGGAGCACGCCGCCGCGGAGGGAAAGCGUGUGUGCGUGAUUGAUGCCGCCGUACUGCUUGAGGCCGGCUGGCAGAACAUGGUACAUGAGGUGUGGACCGUGGUCAUCCCUCAGACCGAGGCCAUCCGCCGCAUAGUGGACAGGGACGGCCUGAGCGAGGCUGCGGCGCAGAGCCGCCUGCAGAGCCAGAUGUCUGGGCAGCAGCUCGUGGAGCAGAGCCACGUGGUGCUGAGUACCUUAUGGGAGCCUCAGAUCACUCAGAAGCAGGUGGAGAAAGCCUGGAGACUCCUGCAGGAGCGCAUCUCCAAGCCGCUGUAGACCCCGACUGAUGCGGAUUCCCUGUUGAGUGGGGGAAUCACAAUCUAGCAGCGAAAUGGCAUCGGCCUAGGGCCCUGAGCUCAGCCCCGAAGGACAAGGCUGGUGCACAAGGAAGCCCAUCCAGCCCGCUGGAAUUUGGCAACACUGAGUAUGUGGCUCGUGGGAGAGCACGACCCCGCAUUCCAUCCCCACUUGUGUUGGGGUGUCUGCCAACUGGGACCAGGACAAACGCUGGAACUUAACAAUUAAAGGUCAAU